UUAGUUCUUGCUAACCAGUGCCUAUAACAAUAAUCAAAAUAGUGUAGUAAUACAAUUUUUAAAUGCUUUUAAUAUUGAUUUAUCAAUAUAUAUUUGAUAUAUUAAUAUUUGUUAUAUUUAUUGUAUUUAUUUUAUUUUGUAUUAUAUAAAAAAAAAUUAAGUAAUAACUUCCGCGCGUAGCCCCGCCCCCGUCGGUCCGCUUUCCCUUCCCUCAGUUUUAUUUCAGCGGACAGGAUCCUGCCACCCGGAAGUUUCCAAUGGAUGAUGUUGGCGAUUACAGCGCGCUGAUUUGCUCGUCCAUUGCGGCUGUGUCUGGCGUUCGCUGAGGCGAGUGCCCGAGGAUGUAAGGCUGUCUGAAUUCCCCAUUAGGCUCCUCCAGCAUGAAGAAGAAAAGCGAGUGAGCGGCGGCUCGUCCGGGAUCUCAGUGAAGGCAGCGUGUUUUCGGCAGGAUGCUCCGGCUGUUCGCGGCUCUGGUGAUUGUUGGGCUGCUGCUCGCGUGCUUCACUUCCUGGGUGUUUGACAGCUAUGACACCGCUUGGCACCCGAAGCGCAGUUUACAUCAGUCCAGAAACAACGGCCCGCCGUAUCCCGACGGGCAGCUGGACAAUAUAUUUUGGUUCGUGCAGGUUUCCGACAUCCAUAUCAGUCGUUUCCACGAUCCGAGGCGCAUUCCAGACUUCGAAAGAUUCUGUACUGACACUAUUGAUGUGAUAAAACCUGAUCUUGUGCUGGCCACAGGGGACUUAACAGAUGCGAAGACUGAGAGUAAAAUGGGCUCUCUUCAACAUGAAGUGGAGUGGCAGGCCUACCACAACGUCCUUAAAAGAUCACGAGUGCUAGAACGAACAAAAUGGAUUGACAUUCGAGGAAACCAUGAUGCCUUUAAUAUUAUUUCACUGGAGAGCGUGAACAAUUAUUACAGAAAAUACUCUGCCAAUCAGAAAGUUGGAUCCUUCCACUACAUACACAGAACUCCUUUUGGGAACUAUUCGUUCAUUUGUGCCGACGCCACUCUGACCCCUGGACCCAAACGACCCUAUAACUUCUUUGGGAUUAUCAAUCAGACUCAAAUGGACAUGUUGGCGAGCUUUAGAGAGGAGAGUCUGAGCAGUAACAAGUCCAUCUGGUUUGGACAUUAUACCACAUCUACUGUCAUCUCCCCCUUCCCAGGAAUCCGAGAGCUCAUGAGUACAGCCGUAGCGUAUUUGUGUGGGCACCUACAUACACUAGGAGGCUUCAUGCCGGUACUGCACAGUCGACAUCAAGGAGGCACGCUGGAGUUAGAGCUGGGAGACUGGAUGGACAACCGCAGGUACAGGAUAUUGGCUUUCGACCAUGACCUGCUUAGUUUCACUGACUUGAGAUUCGAGGACUGGCCAGCUGUGCUGAUCACCAAUCCCAAAAACGCCCAAUACCUGCAGCCGGGAGUGGAACCUCUGAGUCGUAUCCGCAGUUCCACGCACAUCAGGCUUCUGGCCUUCUCUGAAUCUCCAGUCACAGCUGUGCACGUGAGCGUGGAUGGAGUUUCACUGGGGAAAGCGUUUAGCACAGGGGGUCCUUUAUACGUGCUACAAUGGGAUCCAACGCUAUACACUACUGGACUGCACACUAUUAGAGUUAAAGUGGAGGACUCUGCAGGUCGCUCAAAAGUGCGAGAGCAGCAGUUUACAAUGGAGGAAGAUCUCACUACAAGCUUCGGCUUCAUGCAGUCCUUCAUCCUCCUCACAGACCACUACAUACUGGCACGGAUUGCCUUUGUGGGGAUAGUAUUACUAAACCUUGCUGGGCUUGUGCUCUUCAGAUUUAUGCCUGUAUCUUCUACAAGAGGACUGUCUUCUCAAGCGUGGAUGUCCCUGCAUCUUGUCAGUAAGAGCAAUACGUUCUUCUACUCUCUGCUGCUGUUCAACCUGUGUACAGCAUUAGGUCCAUGGUUCAUUGGGGAAGUCAUUGAUGGACACAAUGGAGCCUGCUUUGCUUUUGGCGUGUUUGUGGACGGCCAUUUCCUCGAAGGCAGUCUGACCUACGUCGUGGGUGUCAUACAGGUGCUCUUCUUCAAUAUGCCUCUGACAUAUUACCUCUGCUGGAGUCUCCACCACAGGAGUCGCGGCACCAGCUUCCGCCUGCAUUUCUCUCGGCCGCGCAGCCGCUGGAGGACUCUGGCGAUGCACCUAGGCAUGCUGGUUCUCAUGAUUUGGCAGGCCUAUUCUUGCUACUUCCUGCUGGAGACCUACGGGCCGCUGGCAUUCUUCCUGUCUCCCGUACGUACCUGGGCCCUGCUCAUGGGUCUGCUGCUGGUGUACAGGGCAUGGUGGGGAACACCUCCUAGUUUCUCCGGCGGCAGCAAGACAAACCGGCCGUUGUGACGGUGACCGUUUGAAGAGAGGCCUUCACCUGGAUCAUUGUUUUGUGCCAAGCUCUUCCCUCCUUUCACUGCUCUCUUCACAGUCACCAGUCAUUCCCAUACACGUUAGUAUAGAAAAAACAGUCUGUGGAGCGAUGAUGGCAUCACACGUGGAUGACGGAGCCGUUGCAAACCUGGUUCUGAUCCUCCUUUGACACUAAGACACGUUGGUAGAUUUUAUAGCCAGUUCCCGUCUGUGUUGACGUCCAGAUGUGCGUGGUUAAGCAUACCUAUUACUUUGAUAAACUGUGAAUUAUGUACAGUACACAUCAAAUUAUGUUUGUUUUUAUUUGUGAGGAGCAAUCAAGAAAGGAAUAAGACUGCCUGAUGUUCUUAAUGUUUCUGCAUGAAACUGCCACUAAUCCGUCAAUAUGAAUACUCAUAUUGUUUUUAAUACAUAUUAUCUACACAGCAAAAAGGGGUGAUAUUUUUUUUACACCUGUAGACAAGGUAUAAUAUGAAAAGGAUAAUUCAAGGGAUGAACCUGGUCAUUAUCAAAUAUCAUCAAUCGUCAAGAACCCUGACACAAACUACUACUUUCAUUAUCAGCUAUAGGGAAAUAAGAACUAACCAGUUUUUCAUAAUUAUUAUAAUACUCUAAAAUAACAUGGUAAGACACCAUUUUGCAGUCUCAAGCAGUAAAGCGAGCUGUUUUGUACAGCUAAAACUCGCUGGAUGCGGAUGAGACCGGAAGCCAGACCAAUAAAAUGUACACUCUUAUGCCCGCUCUUACGUGAAGAAAAAGGUGGACACACUAUACAUAUUUAUACAUCCUUAAGUCAAUAUUAAUUAAAGCUGCAUUUUGUAACUCUUUUUGGUUAAAAAUGAUCCAAAAUCAAUUAUUGAGCAUGUACAUAAUCAUUACAUCACGUCUGUAUACAAGGACUCCUAGCUCAUGUUAUUGUUAGGCUACAUUGCGAGUGUGGAUGCUGCAGCUGGUGGAUGAUUCGUAGUCUCCUAAAUAAUUCAACUUGACAUAAAGGAAAUAGAGUCUUAAACGAUGGUAAUGAAAUACACGUUUGUGACUGAAAUGAGAUAUUCCAGUUUUAAAAUGUGCACUGUACUUACAAAAGAUUUGUAUUUCAAAGAGAAGUUCUAAGGAAGAUUAAAUUGCUUUUUGAGGUUAAAAAACUAUUUAUUUAGAUGACAUUCGAAUGGUAUGACAAAUAAAAAUUGAGGAAUGCAGAAAUUAAAAUCUACAGAUAAGACUAAUAAAAAUUAAAUACACAUAGUCGCGCAAUGUUGAUGUUAACAUUAACCAUUUGAGAACAAAGUAUAACAAUAAUAAUUUGCACGGUUUGACGUGAUCUGAGCUAACUGCGAUUAUUAGAUUUAACCGCCAUUAAUAGCACGAUUUAUUGUAAAAUGUUUUUCAGUUGGUCAAAACAACACUGGCAGACAUGUUACUUACUUGUUCAUUUGACGUUAUCUGGUAAACUUCUUGUUUUGGACAUACUUCCAAAACGUAGCAUCUGUAAUUCUGAUGUGCUAUGACUGACAGCCCACACAUACACCUCAAAACAUUAGAUUCAUCAGCACUGAGGAGCAGUUAUGAUGCACGACCCGUGUAAAAAAAGAUACCUUUUUUUUCGACAAACGGUAAAAAUUACGGACUGCAGCUUUAAUAUGGCUAUAUAUUGACUAUACAUGUAUGUAUUUAUUUAUUUUUCUCUCCACCAAUUAAAAUAGUUCCAAGUUAAAUCAUGACAAGCAAAACAAAUUUUAAACGUGUAUGGAACACUGCUCGGCCAAUCAGAUUAGACCAGGGGUGUCUUGGGUCUGGAGGGCCAGUGUGUUAAAUUUAAAGUUGGAGCUAAGCUCUGCAGGACAGUGGCCCUCUAGGAACAGGUUUGGACACCUCUAGAUUCAAUUAUCUUAAGUCUAAUGACCAGAUGACUGUAUAUUAUCCCAUUCAUUACACCGCUACUUAACUAAAUAAAUACUGAAUUUAAGUUUUUUUUUAUUAUUAUUAUUACUAUUUUAUUGCUAGAAGAAAACUGCGCCGUGAUAUAAGGGACAUGUAAUUGCCUUGGCCAAUGUUAAAUUUAGUUUAGUAGCCAUUGUACAAAAAUAUUUGACACAGAAUGCCAACAUUGAGAAUUUGUCAGAAUUAAAGAGAUGUUUCACCCAAAAAUGAAAUCCUGUCAUUAAUUACUCACCCUUGUGUUGUUCCAAACCUAUUAGACUUUCGUUCACCCCCGAAACACAAAUGAAGAUGUUUUAAGAGAAGCUCAACCAUGCAGGAAAGGGUUUUUUUUGUUUUCGAAUGAACAUUCAAUGAAGGGACAGAAAUCUUUCAGCAAUCAUUAAAAACAUCAUUUGUGUUUCAACGAUGAAUGAAAGUCUAAUAGGUUUGGAAUGAGAUGUUGGUGAGUAACAGAUGACAGAAUUUAACGAGUAAACUAACCUUUUAAGUAUUUUUAAAGAGCCGUGUAAGGAAGUUUUUUGGUGUGAAACACAAAGUUGACCUCUUCCCUGCCCUACUGUAAGUUUUAUCCAUUGUCUUAGUGUGUGCACAACAAAAGUGAAUUCUUUUGAAUUCAAGUUGAACAUUUUCAGCUGAAGUGGGAAAUUCGCAUAAUGCAUUGUCGCACAAGCCAAUCAGUGAAGAGCUUAUCGUGCUUAUGUUUUUAUUUCUGUGAGUAUGCGAUGGUUGUUGACAUACAAAGUCAAUGCAAAGACGUAAAUAGAUAUCAUUACGUGAUGGGUGAUGCGAACGUGCAAUAAUCGUGUCUCCUGCGCAAGUUGAAAAUUUUCAGCUGGAGCGGGAAAUUUGCAUGACACAUUGUAGCACCAGCCAAUCAGCACAGAGCUUAUUGACACGUCAGGUUUUCUAGUAGUAUCAGAAAAUGGAGGAAAGCAUGCGCUAUGUUUUAUUUGCUCAAGUCUGUAAUGGUGUGCACACCAAAAGCGAAUUCCGUUAUUUCCGGGAGUAGAGUACAUACAAAGUCGAUGCAAACAGAUGCCACUGGGCAACAUGAUUGCCUUAAAUGUGCGAUAAUCGCUUCUCCGUGCAAGUUGAAAAUUUUCAGCUGGAGUGGGAAAUAGCAUGACGCAUUGUCACGCAUUGUCGCGCAAGCCAAUCAGUGAAGAGCUUAUCGACACUUAUGGUUUGACGCAUCCAUUUGUAUCAGAAAAUGCAAACAUUCUGCGAUGGUGUGCACACCAGUUUGAUAUGUCCAGUUGUUUCAGAUAAUGGAGGAGAACCUGCGCAAUGUUUUUUUUUUUUUUUCUGUGCAAGUUACGCGAAAAACGUCCCACGAUGGUGUGUGCACACCAAAAAGUGAAUUCAAUUAUUCACGCAAGUAGAUUACAUACAAAGUGAAUGCAAAUAGACACAAAUUCGUGCUGGGCGUCGUGAUUGCAGCGAACACGCGAUAAUCGCGUCUCCGAUUUUGAACAUUUUCAGCUGGAGCGGGAAAAAUUUACAUGAUGCAAUGUUGUGCUAGCCAAUCAGUGAACAACUUAUCGUCACGUCUGGUUUGACACAUCCAGUUGUAUUAGAAAAUAUAGUAGAGCAUGUGUGAUGUUUUUAUUCGCACAAGUGGCACAAAAAAGCGAAUUCAGAAUCUAAUUCAAUUAUUUGCGCGAGAAGAUGAUACACAAGGUCAAUGCAAAGAUGCAAAUAGAUACCAAUUCGCACCGGGCAACGCUACUGCCUCAAAUCCGCGAUAAACGUGUCUCCCGUGCAAGUUGAGAAUUUUCAGCUAGAGCGGGAAAAUCGCAUGAUGCAUUGUUGCACAAGCCAAUCAGCAAAGAGCUUAUCGACACACCCCGGUUUGACACAUCCAGUUGUAUCAGAAAAUGGAGGAAAGUACGCUGUACAAUGUUUUUAGUUGCGCAAGUGACGCGAAAAACAUCUCACAAUGGUGUGUGCACACCAAAAGCAAAUACAAUUAUUUGUGCAAGUAGAUUACAUACAAAGUCGAUGAAAAGUCGCAAAUAGAAGCAAAUUCACGGCAGGCGAUGUGAUUGCCGCAAACGCGCGAUAAGCGUGUCUCUUGCUCAAGUUGAAAAUUUUCAGCUGUAGAGGGGAAACAGUGUAAGAACUUGAUUUUGAACAGUUAAUUCUGUAAACUGAUUAUACAUAUUUAAAUACAUAUUCAAGGACUAAACCACUAUAUUUGUAUAGAGGAGCAUGAAUGUAGAACAUUUUUGUUGCACUAUGGUUAGUUAAUACACUUAAUAAUGGCUACUUCAACACAUGCUGAAGAUUAAAACCAGACAUUUCAGACUGCUGAAGGAAAAUCCAAAUGUAGCAUAUAGAAUAAAACACUGAACACAUGGAAACAAUCAAAUGUGCACAAUUCUGUUACGUGUUUAUUAGAGAAACGUUGUCAAGCAGCUCUGUUAUAGUUGCAAACCACACAAACAGCCUAAGGACAAAGGCCAUUUUGGGGGUAAAAACAGCUAGUUUGAAAAGAAACUCUGUGUUGUCAUUGAGGUCUGUCUUUUUUGCCCUCAUAAUCCACUUGAUUUGACAGAAAGAGCUGUGACAAGAGUUUCUGGUGGAUUCACUGACAUUCCUGUUGUGUCAGGUCACUCAAGGUCUUUGUUGUCUCUCAGGAAAGUAAAGACUUGAACAAUAGGCUGCUCUAGUUUGUCUUUCAAUGACCCGAAUGUUAUUUUGAAGAGUUUUGUUGCAGUUUUAAGGCACAUGGUGGUGGAGAAUGAACAUUUUUAGAAGAUUCCACAUUUACUCAGUAUGUUAAUCUAGAUUUGUGGUGAACCAAUAGGACUUUGAAUGUUUGAUGAUGAAAUAUCUGAUUUGUCAUAUGAUCUGAUAUGUGAUUUGGUUUUAAUUACUGUAUUCAUUUUUAAUGAUUUUACUGUAUUCAUCCACAUUGAUAUUGUAAUGUAUACUCCUUCCAGUUAUUCUGCACUGUUUUAUGGGCAUUCUCGGUUCCUGUGGUCACGUGGCUUUUGUAGUUCUACUCAUGUUGGAAAGUACUGUUCACAUUUGUUUUGUGGAAGGCACAAAAUAGUAUAUUUUCAGUGAAAGACAAAUACAUAUUUACUUAGUAUUUAAUCCGAAUUUACUUCUAACAAUUGUCACCACAAAUUAUGUCCAAAAAUAGAUUCUUUAUUCUGUUUUACAACUGACAAUGUUGUUUUUCAACAUGAAAUGACCUCAAUUUAUAUUUGUCAUGUUUCUGCAACUCUGAGUCAUUUUGCAUUGGAAAUUGAUUUAUCUGGCUGUAUUCAUGUACAACAAAGUAAAGGGGUUUCAUAUUGUGACA